CCCAACAAAAGUCGCAUAAUCACUUGAUGACUGACUUCUUUUUUUCAUCAAACCAUAACUCAUUCUUUGAGAAUUAUUCUCCCAUCUGUCGGAUAAUCAUCUUAGAUUUACCCUCACCUCUUCUCGUCCACAAGUAUCUUCGCACACAUUCUCCAAAUAGUAAUCAUCCCAUGGGCCAAUUGCAAACAAAGAUGCCGGGCAAUAAAGAAUCAAUCAUAUCUUCUCAGGGCCCAGAGCCGCAGAAGUGGCCAUACUACAAGAUCCACGACAAAGAAGCCAUACUUUCAGACAGGCAGGGGAGCUUCAAGGUGCACACAAUCCUAAUCGACUCAGAUGAAGGCCGGGCGUACGAAAAACUUACGACCGAUGCUGAACGUCUAGACUAUAUGCGUAAGCAUUCCGUCGACAGCUGGUGGGUAGUCCAGGCAGAUACUGUUUCUUUCGAGGAUAACGUGGCUGGGAAGAGAUACGAGAUCAAGAAGAACUCAGAUGAGUACAAGGGACUGAAGAAACUGCUCAAGAAAGACGGAAGCACUCCGGAUCCAGGAACAAAAGAGUGGGAUAAGAUGGUUCGGUACUAUAAAGAGCAUGCCACGACCAUAGCAGAUGUACCAGUCAAUACCAGUGAUAGCUGCGCGAUUCAUAAAUGAGUAG